GGUGAGAGAAGGAGAAGAAAGAGAGAGAGAGAGGGGCAGAGUGAGAAUCAAGGGAGGUGUGAUUCGUUGUUUGGUUUGGUUCUCCUGGUUGUUAGCCAUGUGCCCCCCUGCAACUACUCCUCCUGAUGCUAUUGAUUUGUAUUGGACUGAUGAGCAGAUAUUUUUACUUCUCGAAAAAGUUAAAAAUGGGUCUGCUCUCCCAAAUAACGUGUCUGAAGACAUAAAUACAUACCACUUCCUGCCUUCAAAUUUGCCGUCUAAAAUAUGGUACCUAGUACAACCAACUGAGUCAAAGAAGUCGGAGCAUGGAUUCUGGAAAGCAAAAGGGGAAGCUAGUCGGAUAUAUCAAAAUGGUUCCAUUUAUGGUUGGAGGUCUACGCUGGAGUUUUUUGAAGGCCCUAAUGGACGAAAAACUGGCUGGGUUUUGCAGGAGUACAAGACCGAGAAGGGAGGAUAUAGUGAGAAGAACCCGAAGCAAUCUAGAUCAUUGUGCACGGUUUUCCAAUGCUGUGGUGGGAGCCCUAACGACAUGCCAUCGGUGAAAAUGUUGUCGAGUGCUCCCAAUGCUAACCGGGCUUCAGGAGUAGGUUCCACAAGUGAAUCUCAGGCGAAGAGCAAGGAUGCAGGCAGCACACAAUUGCCUGGAGUUGAUGAAGCUAUUGAUGAUCCUCGUAACGAAGCUUUAAUCAAUCAACUGCUGAUGGAAGACGGGUUAGAACUGGAUGAUCUUACUGGGAACAUUGGGGCAUUGCCUGCAGCCAACAAAGCUGAAGAUCCUGAAGAUAUAAUAACUGGCGACUUCUUGGAAAUGAAUGAUCUUGAUGGCAAACUCUCCCCUUCCUCGAGUUCAGGAAAUUCAAGUCACCAUAAUAGCUUCGCAUCUGAAGAUGACUUCUUUGCCACUGUGAGAAACAUGGAUGAUGACAACAAUAAUGGAGACCCGAAGGGAAAGGGCUCCAGCUACAAGUGCAAGAAUAUGGGACCGGUGAAACCAAACGAGGUGAUUAUUCAGCUCGCCCCAUCAGGAUCCCUCGUUAAAGCCACUGGAAGCAAGGCAGCAGUUGAAACUCGGCCAACUUCAUCAACCAACUCCAACAUCCAUAUAAAGCCGCCACAACCCCAGCCAUUAGGAGGCCGAGGCCCUCUUCAUCGAGCAGCCACGAAGAACAAGUUUAAGAAAGUACAUGGAGUCGCACAGAAACUGUAUUGUGAUCGUAGAAAAACUAAGGAAACUUGAGCGCGGGUGUUCUUUCUUGGAUUCGUGGUAAUAAGUUAUUACUAUGAGGUCAAGAAGGAACACACUCGGUCAAGUUUCUUAGUUUAUCUGCAAUCACAAUGCCACUAAAGGGUCAUGUAUGAAGAAAAUGCUCUACAAUUGUCACUGAUUUUCUUAGCUUCUUUCAGGGGUUAAUACCAUCUGCAGUCCUCCGAGUAUAGUGGUUUUGUCAUGUUUAGUCAACUUUCAAACUGACCACCCGUGGUCCAAGUUAACCACUCAUGGUCCUUCAACUAUCAGAUUUUAAUCAAUCAUGGUCCUUUCAGGAUUACCACGACUAGUUAAAUUUUGGAAGUUGAAGGAUUAUGGGUGGUAAACUUGAAGGUGGUAACAAUUUAAAAGUCGAAGACCUAUGGAUGGUCAAUUUGAAAGUUUAAGACUAAACGUGACAAAACGAUUAUACUCGAAGGGCCCUAUACGACAAUAACUCCUUCUAGUUUCAUAUUUUUAGUAGUUUGUUGAUGUGUUAUAAGUUCUCAACACUCUUGUAAUAGGUUGCUAUUUUGUGAGUGCCACACUUUUAAACGUGACUCGAUAUGAUUCUUAUUUUUAUUA